AUGAUGCAUCCCAAACUUCACAAUUUCCAAAUCUUCCUCCAAUCUCCAGACCUCCAAAUUCCGACCCAAACCAUAACCCUAGCCCCAACUCAGACCCCAACUCUCCGUCACCUCAAGCUCUCUAUUUUCUCCCAUACCCUGCCAUCGCUUUACUUCACCCUCAAUGGUAAACCCCUGAACGACUCCACUCCACUUCUCGAUUCCCAAAUUACCCCUCUUUCUACCCUCGUUUUACGUAUUAGAGCUUGCGGAGGUGGCGGCGAUGGCGGGGCCACGGGGGCCGAGUCCCGCGACUGUUAUCUCAAGAUGUAUGCUGAGAAGAAGCCCGAUAAGGUUGACCCAAAUGAGCAGAGGCUGUCGAAGUGGCUCAAUUGCUCGCUCUCCAACGAGCCCUUGAAGGAACCGUGCGUGGUGGAUUUUCUUGGGAAUGUGUUUAACAAGGAGCCUCUUGUGGAGGCCUUGUUGGGCAAGAAGGUGCCCAAGGCCUUUGGGCACAUAAAGGGCUUGAAGGACAUGAUCACUGUUCAUUUUUCCCCAAUUCCUGGGACUGAAUCCAAUCGCCGAUCGAGUGCCGCGGGGCCGCGGUUUCAAUGCCCUAUUUCUGGAGUGGAGUUUAACGGUAAGUGUAAGUUUUUGGCAUUGAAAACUUGUGGACAUGUACUCAGUGCAAAGGCUUUAAAGGAGGUAAAAUCCUCCACUUGCCUUGUUUGUCAUGUUGGAUUUUCUGAGGCGGAUAAGAUUGUGAUUAACGGAAACGAAGAGGAAGUUGCGGCGUUGAGAGAUAGAAUGGAGGCCGAGAAGGGGAAAGGGAGAGUGAAAAAGAUGAAGAAGACGAAAAAUGGGGAUGCUACUCUGAAUGGAGAGGAGGGUAUGGGUUUUGAGGCCUCGCGGUUGAGCGGUACCAAGCAUGGCAUUGAUGUUAAGGCUGUGGAGAAGGCAUCAGCAAAUGUAGAGGUGCAUGGGAAGGUUGUGAAUGGUGGGGAUAAUGCGAAGGGUGUGAGUAAUGGUGCGGCAAAGAGGUUCAAGGCUGUGGAUAUAGCCCCGCCUAAUGCUACUAAGGAAGUGUAUGCGUCUAUCUUCACGUCGUCAAGGAAGUCGGAGUUCAAGGAAACAUAUUCUUGUAGAUCUCUCCCACUCGGUAGAAACUAA